GUGGCCGAGGGACAUCGAGGGAGACCGACCAGUCAACAUCAGUCAACAUCGUGACACGUAGCCGAACGGGGUGGCGCGGAGAGGCGCAGUCUGUCAAUUGUCAAUAUCCGCUUGCUACGAGGAAGACUGACACCUGAGGCGCCAUGACUGUGUUAAAGGCACUGAUCGCCGGCGGGCAGGCGUGUCUCCGAAGAUCCUACGCCACGGCCACCAAGUACAUUGAAACCACACGAGACGACGCGGGGAUCGAGAUCAUAUCCAUGGCGAGAAAACCCGUGAACAGUUUGAACACGGGGCUGCUGGGCGAGCUGAAGGCAUCCUUGCUGGAGGCGCAGAACAGCCGCAGCAGGGGCGUCAUAUUGACGUCGUCCUUGCCGACCGUGUUCAGCGCGGGACUGGACAUCAUGGAGAUGUGUACGACUGACAAAAAGAAGCUCAGUGACUUCUGGCAAGCGUUACAGGACACCUGGCUGACUAUUUACAGCCUGACCAUACCGGUCGCUACUGUUAUCAAUGGCUCCAGUCCUGCCGGAGGCUGUCUGCUGGCGAUAUCUACGGAAUAUAGAGUCAUGGUUGAAGGUAAACACACCAUAGGAUUGAACGAAACGCAAUUGGGUAUCGUCGCCCCGAAAUGGUUCCGGGAUAUGUAUGUCUCGACGAUAGGCUACCGACAAGCCGAGAUAUCGCUUUUAAGAGGAUCGCUGUUCAAACCUGAGAGAGCGUUGCAGCUCGGACUCGUGGACGAGCUCGCUAAAGACAAAGCGAGCGCGAUCGAAAAGUGCAAGAAUUACAUAUUAUUUUACGACAAUAUACCAGGUCUGGGAAGGGCUGCUACCAAGUUGGAGUUACGAGAGAACUUGAUUCAGUGGAUGAAGAAAAACAAGGAGGCCGACGUCGAGAAAUUCGUGACCUAUAUUCUAUUACCGAAAGUACAAGCCGGUUUAAAACUGUACGUUGAAGCUUUGAAGCAGAAGCAAUAGUGAUCUGGGGAAGACGGUAUUCCCGUUUUACCGCUCUUGCGGAUCAAGGUUUUGUAUACGUCUUAUUUUAUAUAUGUAUUAUAUUUUGUACUAGAAUAUAUAUUUUCAUACUGCG